GGGAGACUCGUUGGCCGCCUGGCUGGACCCUUGUUGCCACCCUGUGCCGCGGCUCGCCUGAGUUCGUUCUGGCCUUGGGAGGAUGAUGUCCAGGAGCGGGGGCUUGUCCUGAGUUCGUUCUGGCCUUGGGAGGGUAAGUUGCCUCGUUUGCUUGCAGCGCGUGCGUAGCACGUCUACGUCCAUAGUUUCGGGCUCCAGCCGCGCUUCAGCAGUCGCCGCAGAGGUUUCUGCCCACACCGCCGAGCAAGCACCACUGCAUCGGCUUCCUACUUGGAGGUGAGUGGGUAGCACCAUGUCCAUUCUGACACCGCCACUUGUGGACGUCCGCUGUUUUUUUGACGGCGCUGGGACCGAGCUGGAGAAAUCCGCCUCGGCAGAAGCAGCGAGGUGGGCUUGCCGCGCGCAUGGCUUUCUGGCGCUGCCAGCGCACGGAGGCAUUGCUUCCGAGGUCGUGGUCGCCGCAUUCGACAGCAUCCAGGCGCUCUUCGCGAUGCCGCAGGAGAAGAAGAUGGAGCUCGCCUUCAGAGACGUGCGCGAGAACGUCGGCUACAUCCAGCUCGGCCGCGAGAAGCCAGACCUGAGCGAGGCAGCUCCCGACCCGAAGGAGGUGUUCCAGUUCGCCCCGGGCAAGCGGCAGCUGCCAGCCGAGAUCGAGGAGCCGCUCGCCGCCCUCUUCCGCGCGGGCAUGGCCGCGUCGCGCGCGGCGCUCCGCUGCCUGGCGCGCUCGCUCGACCUGCCCGAGGACGAGCUCGCGGCCAGCACGCGCGACGCGGACCUCUGCACGCUGCGCUGCAUCCACUACCCGGGCGGCGCUGCACCGCGCUCCACCCGCUGCGGCGCGCACACCGACUUCGGCUUGUGCACCCUGCUGCUCCACGAGCAGGGCGGCGCGCCCGGCCUCCAGGCCGCCGACAGGACCACCGGCGAGUGGCGGGACGUCGUGCCGCCCCCUGGCGCAGCUGGCGCCGACGGCGGCGUGGCCUACGUCAACCUGGGCGACAUGCUGAGCCGGUGGACGAACGGCGAGUGCUGCGCGACGCCCCACCGCGUCGUCGCGCCCGCCGACUCGGCGCAGGCCGCGCGCUCGCGCUUCGUCCUCGCCCUCUUCUGCGACGCGGACGCCGCGACGAGCCUGGCCUGCCUGCCGCAGUUCACCUCGGCCGAGCGGCCGCCGCUUUUUCAGCCCAUGUCCGCGGGCGACUUCAAGGCGAUGCGCCUCGCGGGCAUCACGGCGGUCAGCUGAGAGGCCGCCACCCGAGCGCGCGGGGCGCUCCCUGCCCGCGCGCGCGGCGGGCGGGCGCGGCCGCCGCCGGGAGCACGGCGUCCGACAGGGCCAGGCGUGGAAUUCCUGCCCGCCACAAGAGCGGCUCUCUGCAGCGCGAGCGGCACGGUGCCGCGGGGCUCGGCGCUCGGCGGUCGGGGCGGCCUGACGCGGCCGCAGCUCGGCAGGCGCGCGCGCGCACGGCCCUGCGGGCGGCGCGGCGCCGCACGGCCUUACAGGAGGUGCUCGGAGCCAGACCGCGGGGCCGCUCGGAGGAAAGCGAUGCUCCGCCCCGCGCUCGCCCUGGCUGCCACAGUCGCUCGGAGAGGGCUGUGCCGCACGGGGCUCCGCGGCAGCCGUCGCGCCGUUCGGGUGAGG